CAAACUUAGAAUGCAACGGUAGGAUUCUUCCUUACCAUCGCUCACGUAACCUUUCACACCCGUACAUGUACUUACUGUGAGCCUCACGCCGCCGUCUUCGCGUGUGUUGCGCAGUGUUGUUGUCCAUUCUCCGUUGCCGGUCAACGUCCCUAUCCUCUCAAGAACCCUCGAAAAAUCGAUAAACCCCAUCGACUUCGAGUAUACUGCACGUUACUUCAACCAUCGCGUCCACAACUACCCGACCUCUUAAAGAAAAAAAAAAUGACGAGUUUUCGCACUAAAAGAGCUGCUAGCCUCUGAAUGACAGCAUAACCUGCAAAUCCACGGAUAAUCGAGGUAAAAAAAAACAUCCGAAACUUCAACCCCUCUGUGACAAUGACCAGUUGAACCUCCGUGAUUGCUCUAUCACAACCCCACCAUCUGGACAUGAUAGUCUCCAUUGACAUAGUUAUUUUCAUUCAUCAAUCAUGAUUGAUUACCUCUGGUCCCUGAUUUACGUGUACUUGAGGCCCCUCAUAAAAUGGUUUUUACAUCAGACAACGCAAAUGUGUGAGCUCCAGAGGAUCUGCUACGGGGAGCCUUCGGGUGCACCUCGAGCAUUGGGUGUGGAGAGAUCUCUACGUCAGUCUCGAAACCCGGAUAUCAAGAUUCUGGUGGCACAUCUGGAUGACAUAGCGCGUAAUCGAGGGCUGAACACGAGAACGGAGAGAGUCAUCCUGGAGGCAGCUAUUGAAACAGUGCUACUGACCAAGAAGAUUGAUCCACUAUGUCAUCCUGAUUUUCCUAAGUCCUUUGGAAAGUGUGUGGAGGUCAUCUGGGGGUAUCGCCAACUCGUGGUUGAGUGUGAGGAAAAGAGGAAAACAGUUUAUGACUCGGAGAAUUCUGAGCACGAGUUGUCUCUGUUGAAGUUGUGGAAUCUGCUGAAGCCUGGGGAACCACUGGAGGCCAGGGUGACAAAGCAAUGGCAGGACAUUGGAUUCCAGGGGGAUGAUCCCAAGACGGACUUCAGGGGUAUGGGCAUCCUGGGACUGGAGAAUCUAGUCUACUUUGCUGAGGAAUAUCCUACAGCAGCUGCACACGCACUUCUCCAUUCCAAUCAUCCUAAGUAUGGAUAUGCCUUUGCCAUUGUGGGGAUCAACAUCACCAGCAUGGCGAUGAGGUUGCUGAGGGAUGGCACUGCUAAAACUCAUGUGUAUAAUUCAGCGAAAACUCUGCCUACUGUUCGUGCCUUUCAUCAGUUUUAUAGCUACCUGUUUUACGAGUUUGAUGAGUUUUGGAUUGAGUCCAAACCUAGUAAUAUGAUGGAGUUCUCGGCGAUACAGGAAAAGUUUGAGGGGAAUAUCAGGGGAGCUCUAGGCAAUCCUAAGACUGUGUUUAGACUCAAUCUUUCGGUUGAUAAUAUUUAAUUAGGGAAGUGCUCGUCGGUUCGAGAGAGACUUUGGGCCGAUAUGAAGUGGUAAAAAAAUAUAACUAGUGUUUGUUGUGUUUACAAUUUGUCAUGGUAAAUCUGUGUACGACAUAUUUUCGAUGGAUUUCUAAUGGUUUGUGGAGACUUGUCAAAAGUCAAUGGCAAUUUACUUUUAAUUUUAUAUAAUUCGAAUGUGUAUAAGUUAUAAAAUUGUCAACAAAAGCAUUGGAAUAUUUCUUAAAUGAUAUGAAAUUCCAAUCGCAUGAAAGUUAUAAUGAUGAAUAUCAGUAUGAAACUUUUCAAUAAAUUACUGGCAAACAUUUGCCAAAAUUAAGUUAUCUUGGAACUUUCAGAGUUGAUCCAUCUGAUUUUCCACUUCAACUCUGAAUGAAACAAAUUAAAUUGACUCUUAUAUUGUAGUUCACCACUUCAAUACUUAAUUGUAACUAUUGUAAUGAUUUAUUUCUGCACAGUUUGCAAGUUUUUGAUAAAUUUGUGAGCUUGAUCGUGUGUUAAAGUCUAGUAGUUUGGAAACAUUCCACAUCUGAGGAAGCUAGGGAUUAUAUUUCACAAUUAUUUUGUGUUUAUAAUCAAUAAAUGACUUUUAAAGA